AUGCGACACGAACCCCCAACGUUUCUCUCCCUCCCGGUUGAACUCCGACUCGAGAUAUACACCCAUCUCCUCGUCCUCCCACCACCACCUCCCCCCGAAACUCUCCGAGUCACCUACCGCUGCUCCUACGCCACCUCCCCAUCCGGCACCUCGCCCACAGGCACCAACACCAAGCCAACCCUCCACCCACAAAUCCUCCGCGUCAACUCCCAGACCUACUACGAAGCUCUCCCCAUCUUAUACGGCCACAACACCUUUUCCGCACACCCCGUACACCUCACGGCCCAACCAACACUCUACCACCCAGGCAAUACCGGGAUACUGACACCCGCGCCCACAAACCCCAACAUCAAGCGCAUCCGCCGCUGGCAUCUCCGUCUACGCGUCGACACCCCAUCAUCACCAUCGCCCCCCAAUCCGAACCCAAACCCCAACUCAUCAGACCCAACAACAGCAAAAGCCCCCCCAAACCUCGCCGAUCACCCGCACCCACACCCUUUCACAGCAUUGAACAACACCGAAUCCCUACACAUCCAUCUCUAUCGCAGUUCACCCCUCAGGAGUGGUGGCAUCGACGUUGGUACAGAAGCGCUGCAGCAGCUGGAACAUAUCCGUGGGAUACGUCGGGUGCGGAUAACGGGGGUUGUGGGGGCUGGGUUGGGCGGGAUGGAGGGGGAUAUUGAGGCUUUGAGGGGGCGGAUGAUGAGGGGGAGGGGGAGAAUAGGGAUGGGGAUGGUGGAGGGGCAAGGGUUGUGA